CCGCGGUCCAGCCACGACUGUCACUAAUUUGACCCAUCCCGCCUUAUAUACCAAGCUGAGGGAUGGCAUCCGUGCGCACGCGCUCUGCAUCCCCAAAAUCCGUUUCGUUCUCCCCGAUUUUGGAGCGAAAAUACAGUGUUGAACGAAGACCUGCAAGUCCACCUGAACUGAAGUCGACGGAUUGGAGGAAAUAUUUUACUGAUUUCAGUGCAUAUCUUGAUGCGCUGCUCGCCGACCUUCAGAACUCUAUCAACCCUGGCGCCCGUGUAGGCAGUCCAGGCGGUAGGAGUUCUCCUGGAGGAAGAACUGCGUCUCCUGGAAGGACCAGCUCUCCACUUGGCAGAGGCAGUUCCCCUGGUCGCCUGAGCUCACCAGGCGGCAGUCUGAACUCGCCCUCUUCCACUGGAUAUGGCUCAAUAAAUGGAUCUAGGAAUAUAUCUUCGGAUUACACUAAGCCUGCUUCGCCAACCUACCAGAACACGGCAUCCCUUCACGAAAAAGUGCAUCCAGUGAAGUACAACACAACACAAGCCAGCUAUGGUAACCAUAAUGCGUACAAUGCAGGACAGCCUGCGUACAACACUGCCCAGCCUGCGUACGGCAGGACAGCCUCGGACAGGAGUGGACGAGGACACCUCACUGAGCUGGACACCCUACUCGAUGACCUGAGCAAUGCCAGAUAUGGGAACUAUGUGGACAAGACUACGUCGUAUGAGAGGAAUGUAACGGAUGGUUACGCCCGCACCAAUGGCACAGCCAGCCCGGCCUCCUCCCGGCCCACGGUGGACUCGCUCCUGGACCAGCUCAGCGCAGACCUGCCUAAUGGCCGCGCCUCAACAUCUCCCGUUCCCCCGCCAUCACAGGGAGGCACUCUCCCCAGACCAGGGACCAAGCAGGUGACCGUGACAGUCCAGGAGACAGUGGUGGAACCAGCGCAGUCCCAGCAACAACCACCACCGACCGUCUCGACUGUGCGUCAUCAUCACCACGCCUCCAACGCUACUAAAGAACUUGAUGAUCUGAUGGCUUCGCUCUCUGAUUUCAAAGUGAGCGGCACAGGAGGUGAAAGCGGUACCCACGUAUAUCGCGAAAAGCGUGCGUGGCAGGAACACUACCGCAGCAACCCGCGGCAACCAGAGUCCGCCUCUCUAGAGCAUAUGCUCGGAUCUCUCCGAGCAGACAUGAGCCGCCAAGGAGUACAAACCCCCCAGAAGGGAUGCUGCAACGCCUGCGAUAAGCCCAUCGUCGGACAGGUCAUCACCGCGUUGGGUCGCACGUGGCACCCCGAGCACUUCACCUGCGCUCACUGCAACCAGGAGCUGGGCACCAGGAAUUUCUUCGAGCGCGAUGGCAGGCCUUACUGCGAGCCUGACUACCACAACCUGUUCUCGCCCAGAUGUGCUUACUGCAACGGACCAAUCCUCGACAAAUGCGUAACAGCUCUGGAAAAAACUUGGCACACAGAACAUUUCUUCUGUGCCCAGUGUGGCCAGCAAUUUGGUGAGGAUGGUUUCCACGAGAGGGAUGGCAAGCCAUACUGCCGCAACGACUACUUCGACAUGUUCGCGCCCAAGUGCGGCGGUUGCAACAAGCCCAUCAUGGAGAACUACAUCUCAGCACUGAACACACAAUGGCACCCUGACUGCUUCGUCUGCAAGGAGUGUCGCGAGCCCUUCCAUGGAGGAUCGUUCUUCGAGCACGAAGGCCAGCCGUACUGCGAGACCCACUACCACGGCAAACGUGGCUCCCUCUGUGCCGGCUGCCACAAACCAAUCGCUGGCCGCUGCAUCACAGCCAUGUUCAGGAAAUUCCACCCUGAACACUUCGUAUGCGCCUUCUGCCUCAGACAACUCAAUAAAGGCACCUUCAAGGAACAAAAUGAUAAACCUUACUGCCACACAUGCUUUGACAAACUCUUUGGUUAAACUGUCAAACUGUUAUGACGUCACAGUACACUAAACAAGAUGGCGGGUCUUUUAAACUGUGAGCAUUCGAUAUUUAAAUAAUUAAAAAAGUAAAAAUAGUGCUGUGACUGAAUCGAUGAUAUCGAUUUAUUGCAGUAUUUUAAUUGUAUUGUAUGUUCAAAUUAUGUGGUUCUAAUUAUGUAAUUAACUUUGUGCCGACUGUGAGUCGCGCUAGUGCCAUACGACAUGCAAAAUGUAUGAUAUUAUAUAAAGAAAAUAUUUACGUCGUAACAAUGUAAAGAUAUAACUAACUAAGGUAUAUUUAUGGAAUAGAAAUCAGUUGACACGUUUCCCUUUCUUGAUGUCUCAAGCAAAAUGUAUGAAAUAUGAUAAUUUUUAACCUUGAACGUGCGUGCAAAUGUGUGUUUAUCGACAAGAUAAAAGAGCCAAUUGGAUAAAUAAAUGUUAUUCUUAUUAGAAUUUCCAACUUUAAUAUGACACAAGAAAAUAAUUUUGUUUAAUGUAUUAAUAAUUUUACACUUGGUAAUACGGGUUGUUCUAUCAGUAAGCGUCAAGGAAAGUCCUGUUUUUAUCUAUUUAGGCAUCAGUUAAACACCCUAUCUGAUAACGAGUUACAAUUAGAUAACAAUAUUACGAUUACUAACAACUGUAGGUCCGACCCGGAGCUCUGGACUUCCUAGCGUGUUACCGGAGCUCCGGCUCGAAAAGCAAGAGUAGGAACGGGGUGGUUUUUAGUCAGUAGGAGUCUGACACUCCCUCUCGCCUCACCCUAGGCGGGAGAAGUUACCGGACAAUUUUCCCCCCUCAAAUCUAUUAUUAUUAUAAAGACUAAUAAUCUAAUUAGCGAAAAGUUAAUAUCCUUUUUUCCUUGCUUAAUUAAUAAACGUGAAAUUAUGUUUCCUAGUCUUUCUUUCACUUCUCAAGGAGACAAUUGAGCAGCGGACUGCCUAGCUUACCGGGGCUCUACCUGAAAAAGCAAUAGUAGGAACGGGAUGGUUUUUAGUCAGUAAGAGACUGAUACUCCCUAUCGCCUCGCCUUAAACGGAAGUCAUUGGCUGAUUUUUCCCCUUCUGGUGAUGUUUAUGAGUCCGGAGAGAGACAUAGAAAUUUUACAUCCACAACGCGAACGAAGCAGCGGUUAAUAACUAGUCUCUGUAUAUAACGAUCACAAUGUAAUGUUAUGUCUAAAGCUAUUAAACGCGAGUACAUAACAUAUGUAUUCGAAUACUAGAAAUUUCUUUAAUGACUCUCGAUAACUGUGUGCGGCCUUGGAGUUCAACGAUAAAACUCCGCUAUUACGAUAAAACGAGUGCAAAUCGAUACAAUGAAGCCUAGCUUACAGCUAAAUACUUUCGAGCGAGAACCCAAUAGUGCACCACUAAGCCUGAUUUUAAAACUACUAGUGGUUGAUUAUGAUAACUUUAAAAACUAUUGUGUAUUUUUUAAAUUUCUUUUAAAUGUUAUUUGAAUGUAAAAUUGAAAACUCACACCAUUUUUCAUAGUAGCAAAGUUAGUUGGGUUUGGUUCUAUAACUAUUACUUAACUAGAUUUCUGUCUGCGGUUUCACUUGUGUAUACAAAGGAUAAAAGCAGCCUUUUAUCACUUUCCAGUCUUCUAGCUAUCACCAGACAGAAAAAAAUACCUCAUGACCGCUUCGUUCCGACAGAAACAUCGGGUUUAAAAAAAAUAACAGGUAAGUACUCAUUAUUCCAAAUUAUUAAAGUAUGGUAUGGUGUAGACAAAAAUAAUUUAUUACACUUGUUUACACAAAAUUGUAUGAUUAAAUAUGACAUCAUCAGUUUUAUUUGGGGGCUUCCUUUUACCUAUCUGUAGAAUAAUUCCAUUAUAAUAUCUUAAGAUAUCAAAUAAAUAAAGAUAAAAUUAUAUUGUGUAUUAUUAAAGUUGGAAAUACGCCUUAUCUUAUUAUUUCAAGAAUCCUGAACGAUGAUAAACAAUGAUUUUUAUAACUAUCGAUUAUCGAUAAAUAAAUAAUGACUAUGGCCUAAAUUUUCGGCUCAACUAAUUAUAUAAAAAUGCACGCUAAAGUAGACUUUAUUUCGUAUAGAAAUAGAUAUUAAAUUUUGACGUCGCAGAAACAUUACUUUUCACUGUGGAAUUGAAUAAAAAAGUAUAUAAUUUUACUCUAAUUGUUUUAUGAACAGUCUAUAUGCAACGUCACGCCUUUUAUCCCCGAAGGGGUAAGCAGAGAUGUACAUUACGACGCGUAAUACUGAAUGAACAGUCUACUUCUAAUAAAUCUAUUUCAAGGUACAAAAAACUAUUAUAACGCACAAGAUUUUCGACCUUAAAUACAUUACAUUAAAUGUGUAGUUCCAACGUAUUAAUAAAUGUAUAAAACAAAUUGUAGAACUUUAUUAGUCCAGUCAAAUCUUAGUGGAAUGACAUACUUAAUUAUAAGUGAGACUGCGCAGUUGGCCAACACUGGGUCUGCAAGUCUAGGUAUAAAAAGAAUUUGGAAACAGACUCAAGACACAGGAAAAUACCAAGUUUUUAUAACCUAAACUUAUUAUCUCUCAUUCCGAAGUUUUUGAUCACAUUUGACCGGACUAUUUCACAAAUAAACUGUAAAAAAGCUCACACUGUCUUUAUAGUGACCAUAGCUCUUACUAGUGCAUGUGAUUCGAACUAAUUAAUUCUAAAAUCUAGUGUUUAUACUAAAAUCGUUAGAUAGGAUACAAAUUUUGGAAAUGUUAUUGCAAAUAGUGCUAUUAUUGUGUCUCAGACAUUUAGUUCUUAGAUGUAAGGCUUAGUGCAUUGCUGGUUUUAAAGAAUUUUGUGAAAGAGAUACGCGAUGGAAUUAUUUGAAAUUGAAUUCUGGGUUUGUGCUAUCAAAGAUUAUUUUUGAUUGCUUGCAAUGUCGAUUUUGAGGCGGUUUUUGAGUUGUUGUGAAUGGAAAAUGAAAUUAAAGUAUAAAAAAUAAUGUGUCAUUUUAGAUUUUUCCUUUUGAAUAUUUAUUUUUGCAUAAUUAUCUGUUGAUAUUGAUAACAAAUGCUUUAGAUAUUCUUCAUUUUGGAUAAUACUUCCUCAAACCCACACAACCAAUUUUGAAUCUUACUUCAAAGACAUAAAACAAAAUAGUUACAUAAUAUUCAAAUUGCUAGCCUGCUGCAGUUAUCACUAUUAAUAGUAUUUGUUCCAAUUCCUACAAAGGAUAACAUAUAAUUCCGUCGCGUAUUUCUAGGAAAGAUUUAGUAAACGUAAACGUACUGUGUUAUGACAAUCCGAUAGUUUUACAUUGCAUUUUAUUUAUGUUUAUAUUAUACGCUUUCAGCACAUAAUAGAAUCACUCAAUUACUCUAAGUUCUGUAUCUUCCAUUAGCGUUACGGCUGUACAGUUAUUUGCUACGUUGUUAUUAUAUUUUUAUUAUUAUUACUCCCAUUUUUAUUUUAUCGAAGCUCGUUAGUAAGUGCCAAACUUAUCGGUCGACUUGUUACGGCCCGCGCUCACAGGAUAACUAGAUUUCUUUGUUAAAUUACAACGCUAAUUAGGGGUAAACAUUUUCGCGAUCCAUAGACGGCGCCACUGUCGAAAAUGGUCCUGUCAAUUCAACUUAUUUUCCUCGAAUAAAAACUAUCAAUGUAUAUCUUGAUGAUAAAUUGUUUCAAUAAUAAUUUUGAUGAACUAACUUCGUAGGUGACGAUGUUACGUCAACUGCAUAGUAAGUCAGAAUAAAUUGACGGACAAAAUACCACAAAAUUCAAUUAUUAACAGGAUAAAUCUGUUGCAAAACAAAUUCUAUUCUAAUAUUUUCCUUAUAGUAUGAGGAAAAAAACAUCGAAAGCCCGUAAUUUAUAGCUGUGUUUAUCAAAAUUUAAACAUUUAAAGCUCCGUAUUAACUUAACAACAUUUGAUGUGCAACAUGGUGUUGUACAUUGUUGCGUAACAAUUUGUUUAUCUCUUUCCAUAGAACGAUGCUACGUUGCACAACAUGCUAACGGCGCGUUCCAAUAAACUACCGAUCGGUAAAUUUGCUUACGAGCCGUAGAAUUUUGACAUAAGCUCCAUACAAAAUGUGUCAAAAUUCUACGGCUCGUAGGCACAUCUACCGAUCCAUAGUUUAUUGGAAUGCGCCGUAAGCGUUACAUGUUGCACGUCAAUACCUUGCCUAGUUAAAUACAAACGCUUUAAACUUCAAAUAUCCGUGGACGAGGGCUGGCGUUUAGUUUAUCGCUUCAUUCAGCUUGAUAACAAUGGUAGGCGGAUGAUGAACUCGCAAUAAUGUUGGUAGUUAGUAAAUAGGACUGUACGGACGACUAUGUAAUCUACGAGACACGAUUUUAUUGAAUCUGUAAUAUUUUAACAAAUAUAUUUAAUGUUUUUUUAA